CUCGAGCGCACUUGCCCAUUUCAGCCAUCAACCCACACAACCCCAUGGGCGCCUCCACUCCUCGCCACCAUCUCAGCUCCUCUUCUCAGCCGCAGCCGCAGCUGCUACCCCACCUCACCAAGCGGAUCAUCACCUUCGUGCUCUACGCCCUCAUCCCCCUCGCCAUCCUCCACUACCUCCUCUCCCUUUCCCCCUUGCCUCCUCCGCCCACCGCCGCCUCAUCACAGCCUUCGCCGCCCCAAGGUGGGAGGCAGCAGGGGGAGAAGGUUAACGCGGCGGAGCGGUGCGACUACUCGGAUGGGGAGUGGGUGCGCAGCGCGGCGGGCCCGCGGUACAACGGGACGAGCUGCGGCGGGACGAUCAAGGCCGGGCAGAACUGCAUGGCGCACGGCCGGCCCGACACGGGCUACCUCCACUGGCGGUGGCGCCCGCGCGGGUGCGCGCUCCCGCCGUUCGACCCGGCGGAAUUUCUGGUUCUCGUGCGCGGCCGCCACGUGGCCUUCGUGGGCGACUCGCUCGCGCGGAACCAGUGCGAAUCCCUGGUCUGCCUGCUCAGCUCCGCAUUCCCGGCCCAGCUGGUGCGCGGCGCGGGCGGCGGCGAGGGGGACGGGGACGGCGACGAGCUCCGCAAGUUCCGGCGGUGGGCGUUCCCAUCUCACAACGCGACGGUGUCUGUGUUCUGGUCGCCGUUCCUGGUGAACGGCACGGAGAAGUCCAAGGUGGCGGGGGGAGGCGGGUUAGACCACAACCGGCUCUACUUCGACCAGCCCGACGAACGGUGGGCGGCGGAGAUCCCGGGCAUCGACGUGGUGGUGCUCUCGGCGGGGCACUGGUUCCUGCACCCGGCCAUGUACUACGACCGCGGCGCCGUCAUCGGGUGCCACCACUGCCCGGAGCCCAACCGCACGGAGACGGGCUUCUUCGGCGUGUUCCGCCUCAGCGUCCGCAACGCGCUCCGCGAGGUCGCCACCCGCAGCGCCAGGGCCCAGGGCCCCGCCCGCCGCCCUCGGCUGGCCGUGGUGACGACGUUCUCGCCGGCGCACUUCGAGGGGCAGUGGGACAGCCCCCGCGCGUGCGCGCGCACCGAGCCGUACGCGCCAGGGGAGCGCGAGCUGGGGUACAUGGACGCGGAGAUGUUGCGCGCCGAGGCGGAGGAGGCCGCGGCUGCGGGCGCGGACGCCAGCGCGCGCGGGGCGGGCGUGGCGGUGGAGGCGCUGCAGGUGACGCGUCUGGCGGCGAUGCGCGCGGACGGGCACCCGGGCCCAUACAUGCACGCGUUCCCGUUCGCCGGCGGCGAGAGGGAGCGGGUGCCCAACGACUGCGUCCACUGGUGCCUGCCCGGGCCCAUCGACACGUGGAACGAGAUCCUGCUCCAGGUCAUCAAGCGAUGGGCCGACGGCGUCGCCUCCUCGUCGCCGUGAAACUGGAAUCAUCAGUUCACCACAAUAGAUCAGAGUUACCAAAGGACAUGAAAUUUGGAUACAAUUUUUACAAUCUAGUUUGAAUGCACCGUGCAAGUUGAGGCUGUUACGCAUUUGAGCAUUUUGCAAGAUCUACAGCCUACUUGCAUCCACCGUGCAAGUUAUCGUACGUAUUUUACUCUUUUUUAUUAUUUGAGCUGUGUUGCUAGUAAUAGUUUUUCUCGAGAGAUUUUGCUGUUCUCUUCUGCCAUGUUGAGUAUUCUUUUCCCCGCCUUUUGUGGUAGGAUUGUACGAAUGCUCAGAUCUAGAAUUAGGAACUGUAUAAUCAGCCGCAUU